CUUGUCCUGGCGGGUGGAUGGCCGCUGUGCUCGGCGGCGCUGCCUGGCAGGGUCGGAAGCAGACGCCGGCCUGUCCGUCGCGGCUCGGCUGGGCUCGGUUCGGCUCGGCUCGGGCGGGCUCCCGCGGCGGGGCUGAGGCUGGCGGGCAGAAGUCGCCAUGGUUUAAAGGGCGGCGGGCGGACGUGAACGAGCAGGAACCAUGAAUCUGCUCCCGGCCAACCCGCACGGCAACGGGCUGCUCUAUGCCGGCUUCAACCAGGACCACGGAUGCUUUGCAUGUGGAAUGGAAAAUGGAUUCCGAGUAUAUAAUGCAGAUCCACUCAAAGAGAAAGAGAAACAAGAAUUUCUAGAAGGUGGUGUUGGCCACGUUGAAAUGCUGUUUCGUUGCAACUAUUUAGCACUAGUAGGUGGAGGAAAAAAGCCCAAGUACCCACCUAACAAAGUGAUGAUCUGGGAUGACCUGAAGAAGAAAACUGUCAUUGAGAUAGAAUUUUCUACAGAAGUGAAGGCAGUGAAGCUUCGAAGAGAUAGAAUUGUGGUAGUCUUGGACUCAAUGAUUAAAGUUUUCACCUUCACCCACAAUCCCCACCAGUUGCAUGUCUUUGAAACCUGCUACAACCCUAAAGGUCUCUGUGUCCUUUGUCCCAAUAGUAAUAAUUCUCUACUUGCAUUUCCUGGAACACACACGGGGCAUGUGCAGAUAGUGGAUCUUGCCAAUACAGAAAAGCCUCCUGUAGACAUCCCAGCUCAUGAAGGAGUCUUGAGCUGCAUAGCUUUAAACCUGCAGGGAACAAGAAUUGCAACAGCCUCAGAAAAAGGGACCCUCAUAAGAAUAUUUGAUACUUCAUCAGGGCAUUUAAUCCAGGAGCUACGAAGAGGAUCACAGGCAGCCAAUAUAUACUGCAUUAACUUCAAUCAGGAUGCUUCCCUAAUCUGUGUAUCCAGCGACCAUGGCACAGUACAUAUUUUUGCUGCAGAAGACCCUAAAAGAAAUAAGCAGUCAAGUUUGGCCUCUGCCACCUUUCUCCCCAAGUACUUCAGUUCCAAAUGGAGUUUUUCCAAGUUUCAGGUUCCCUCUGGCUCUCCGUGCAUUUGUGCCUUUGGAACAGAGCCAAAUGCUGUCAUAGCAAUAUGUGCAGAUGGCAGCUACUACAAGUUCUUAUUCAACCCAAAAGGGGAAUGCUCAAGGGAUGUCUAUGCUCAGUUUCUAGAAAUGACGGACGACAAGCUUUGACUGAGCUGAGGGAGUGCAUGGGUCUGAGUACUGCCCUGGCUAUUCCACAUCUUUGGAAGGACAAUACAUGAAUGUCCAGUACUGAUCAAGUUUAGCAGACCUCACUGAGAAGCCUGGCCCAACAUGAUCACAAGCAGCUCAGAACUAGUGGACUACAUAUGUUUAUUCUCAUUUCUGCAAGUAUUUGUCAUUAAAAUCUUUGGGUUACUGUCAUCAACUCAAGUUUUCAAGAUGCAGCUUUCAACAAGCUUGUGCCUAUUGGGUUUCUCUUAAUCUAAACUGUGAAAGGACUUUAGAUUAAACAUGAGUGCCUGCCACACCACAAGAUCUGCAGGGGUCUGUGCAAAGGUACAGCUGGCCUUAGAAAAAGGGAUGUGAAAACAGAAGAUUUUAGGCAUUGCUUUACUUCCACUGAGCAGCUGGGAAUGGGGGGAAUACUAUGGAUCAUGCUCAAAGUAAACCUCUACCACCUCAGCCAGGAGCAGGGGUGCUGCCUUCCCUUCCCAAGCAAACCUUAAGAGGAAAAGAAGAGACGACAAGGGCCUAGCUCUAGGUGACUAGGUUCAACCAUGCUUGUCCUCUGGCCUGGUGCAUGAGA